AUGAUUCAUACGCUACAUAGUCGUAAUGAAGUACUUGACAUAUUACAUUGUCUUGAAAUCACUGAUAAUAAUGCCAUUUUCAGCAAAUUUAAGCAUCUUCAUGGAUUACUUGUUUUAAAGGCAUACCUAAUCGAAUGGCGACAGGAUGAUGAGAUCGUUCUGAAAGUAUACUUUAGAAGUGUUACCAAAACUACCAAUUUUGGCUCGAAAUACUAUAACUGA